AUAUUAUAAAAAGCUUAUUAAAAUGAAUUGUUGCAUUUCUGGAUGUAUCAACAAAUCAAGAACACCUUUAAACAAAUCAAAAGGUGUAAAAUUUUAUUAUUUUCCUAAGAAUAAUAUUUACAAGCCAUGGAUAUGUGAAAAACGGCAAGAGUGGAUAAAAGCUGUAAAGAAACACACCAAAUGUCCGAAGAAUUGGCUUCCAACUGAUAGUACAAGAAUAUGCAGUGAACACUUCAUUGGCAACAAAAAAUCUGACAAUGCUAAACAUCCAUCAUAUGUUCCUACAAUUUUUCCUGGUGCAGAAAACAAUCGACACAAAAAGAUGGUUCAAAAUGAAAGAACUUAUACCCGAGAAGAACUUCUCGAAGCUGUACGACUAGUCGAGCAAAAAAAGUUGAAUAGUUAUGCUGCUGCUGAGCAAUUUAGGAUACCUCGGUUAAUAAUUGCAGAUCAUAUCUACUACAGAGAAAAACAGGAGAGUCUGAAGAGAAAAUUUACGUCGACUGAACAAGAGCCUGUACAACCGGAGUUUGACUUUGAUUUAUUUGAGUCUGAGUUUGAGCCUAAGUCUGAGCCUGAUUGUGAGUUACAGCGACAGUGUACACAAUGCCAGGAAGUUUUAUUAGGGUUCGUGUUCUUGUGCGUGGAGUGUAACGCGCGCUCGUGCUCGGCGUGCGACGCGCGCGGGCUGCACGCGGCGCACCUCGUGCUGCGCGCGCCCGCCGCCCGCCCUGAGAGCGAGUUGGAGUUGGUGUUGAACAAAAUUCGCGACGCGCUGUGUCUGGACGUUGAGGGAACUCAAACGAACCCGGACCAACCGGUUGGAGAGACACCCCAGGAAACGAAAGAAGACUAUAUCAAGAUGGAGAUAGAAACGGAAGAAGAGCAGCCUAUUUGGCAUGAGAGCGUGUCGGGUGCUCCUGCUAAUACUGAUGAAGAACCUGGUGUAGAGCAUCAGUCUAUGUCCUGGGCGGGACGGGACGCGAGCGGGGACGAGUCGGACUCCUCUUGCACGCUCACGGCGAGCACUCCUUCCGAGGACAGCUCCAGCGACGACGACCAGGCCCUUCUCGUGGCGCGCCCCACCAGGCCUGCCGCGCCUCCUACCAGGCCUGCCGCGCCCCCCACCAGGCCUGCCGCGCCCCCCACCAGGCCUGCCGCGUCCUCCACCAGGCCUGCCGCGUCCUCCACCAGGCCUGCCAGGCCCCCCACCAGGCCUCCCUCGCCCCCCGGCAGGCCGCGCUUCACCGACGAAAUGAACCGCUACAUCGUCCAAAUGUAUUACAAGCUGAGCCAAACAGAAAAGGACCCAAAGAAAAUAUUCGCCCAGAUGAAGCGAGCGUUUGCUGUCUCAUUUCCACGCACAAAAGUCUACAGAUCAAACUUGCAAUCACAAUUCUCAAUUAUUAAUAAAAAAAAACUGUUGAGUGAUCAUGAGAUUCAGAUGAUAAGGAAUGAUGUUUGCGACACAAAAACUGUGAAUGAAAAAAUGAAUGUCAGCAAACUAUUUACUGGCAAAGGAAGACAGUUGGACCUUAUGACGGUUAGGUCUGAGACGGCAGAGACAAGUUCAUCUAUUAGUUCUAGCGAGAAGACAAGUGAAGUGAGUCCAACACCUAUAGUGAGAACGAUUGUAGUGCCAUUACGAAAGCCAAGACGUGAAGUGAUUGAAACCAGUCAGGAGUUUAAAUUACCAAAGGCAAUUCAGCAAGUGUGUACUGUUGUGACGGAACCCAGUGACCCAAAGUGUCCAGAACAGUUGAGUGCGGCUUUAGAAAUAAGUGAUUCAUCUCAGCAGCACUAAAAAUGUCAGACAUUUGCAUUAAGUUAAAAUAAAUACAUACAUUCUAGAAUUUUGUCUGUGAUACGUAAUGCGUCGAAACUUAUUACAUUUGCUUAAUAUGUGAAAUACUUAUCAGGGUGUAUCUCUAGUACCAAUAGGUACCGUUACAUUUUAAACAAAGAUCAUGGUUCUUGUCAUAUACAGGAUGAAAAAAAAC